GAAUAAACUAAAGCAAAACAAAGGGAAAAAAAAAACUGCGACUAUCCUCUGUCUCUCUCACCUCUCAAUUCAUCAGCCUCGGCCUCUCUUUCCGUCGACUCGCUACUCAUUUCCGAUUUAGGGUUUCCCAGUCGCCAUGUAUCGCACGGCAGCUUCACGAGCCAGGGCUCUUAAGGGAUCACUUAGCCGAAGUUUGAGACCGGCACGAUAUGCAAGUUCUAGUGCUGUUGCGACGAGUUCUUCUCCGUCAGGUUUCUUGAGCUGGUUGACUGGCUCGUCCUCUGGUUCCAUUACUUCAUUGGACAUGCCAUUACAGGGCGUCUCUCUUCCUCCGCCACUUCCUGACCUCGUCGAGCCAAGCAAGAUUAAGAUCACUACUCUUCCAAAUGGUUUCAAAAUCGCCUCAGAGAUGUCUCCGAAUCCUGCAGCUUCCAUUGGUUUGUAUGUUGAUUGUGGCUCUAUUUAUGAGGCUCCUUACUUCCAUGGAGCAACGCAUUUGCUUGAAAGGAUGGCUUUCAAGAGCACAUUAAACCGAAGCCAUCUUCGUCUUGUGAGGGAAAUAGAGGCUAUUGGAGGCAACACAUCGGCAUCUGCUUCUCGGGAGCAAAUGAGCUACACUAUUGAUGCUCUUAAAACCUAUGUCCCUGAAAUGGUUGAAGUUCUUAUUGAUAGUGUGAGGAACCCUGCUUUCUUGGAUUGGGAAGUGAAUGAAGAGCUACGUAAGAUGAAGGUGGAGAUAGCUGAACUUGCAAAAAACCCUAUGGGAUUCCUCAUGGAAGCUAUUCAUUCUGCUGGUUAUUCCGGUCCAUUGGCAAAUCCUCUGUACGCACCAGAGUCUGCUUUGGACACAUUGAAUGGGGACCUCUUGGAGGAGUUUAUGACUGAGAAUUUUACUGCUGCACGUAUGGUACUGGCAGCAAGUGGAGUUGAACACGAGGAACUUUUAAAAGUUGUUGAGCCAUUAACUUCUGACCUUCCUAAUGUAGCGCGCCAACCAGAGCCAAAAUCUAAAUAUGUUGGUGGAGAUUUUCGCCAACAUACUGGUGGAGAGGCUACACACUUUGCGCUUGCCUUUGAGGUGCCUGGCUGGAACAACGAGAAAGAAGCAGUCAUCGCCACUGUUCUGCAGAUGCUUAUGGGAGGAGGUGGCUCAUUCUCUGCUGGAGGCCCUGGAAAAGGAAUGCACUCGUGGCUCUAUCUUCGUAUUCUAAACGAAUAUCAGCAAGUUCAGUCAUGCACUGCAUUCUCUAGCAUCUUUAACGACACCGGAUUGUUUGGAAUCUAUGGUUGCUCGAGUCCCGAGUUCGCUGCAAAUGCGAUCGCGUUAGCAGCUAAAGAACUGAAAGAUGUAGCAGGAGGAAAAGUUAACCAGAAGCAUCUUGAUCGCGCCAAGGCAGCCACAAAAUCUGCAGUUCUGAUGAAUUUGGAAUCUCGGAUGAUUGCAGCAGAAGACAUUGGCAGGCAGCUACUUACGUACGGAGAGAGGAAACCAGUUGAGCAAUUCUUGAAGACAGUAGACCAACUAACCUUGAAGGACAUUGCAGAUUUCACCGGCAAGAUUAUUUCAAAGCCCUUGACAAUGGGUUCCUUUGGAGAUGUGUUGGCUGUUCCGAGCUACGACACUGUAAGCAACAAAUUUUGUUGAAGCAGCAAACAAUCGCCAAAAAUCAACAAUAUUUUGGGACUUGUAAAAUAAAGAAGAUCUUUGGGAGAAGAAGAAGACCCAACCAAUUUUAAUUUUUUUUUAACAGUGGUCCUAUUUUUAUUCAAUGGAUUUUGUUUCCAUCUACAGUUACAAAAAGGCGGACUUUUUCCGUUCUCUCUCUCUCAAAUUUUCAGAAAUAUUUGUAUUCCAAUAAAUGAUCUUUCACUACGUGCAAAACAACUUCAGCGGUACAAUUAUUACUUACUGCAUGUCAUUUUUAA